GAUUAGAUUACGAAAUACAUGAUUUUUUAAAUUUCACAAAUCAAUUAAUUCAUAACAAAGUACGUGUGUUACUGAUUUCAUACUGAUAAAUCAUACUUCAACUUGAUGUUAGUUUUGCAAUAUUACUCAAUAUUUGAAGAUGCCCUUGAAAAUUGUUUGACUAUCUGGCAAAAUGUUACGCAUGACAAGAAACACUGGAGCAAAAUGUACCCCAGCAUUGAAGUUUCACACAGCAAACACAUGCUGUUCCAAAACAUCAAAACAAGAGUUUUCUGACAAAUUGGCUGAUGGUCCCCAGUUGGAAAACUUUUUAUCUAGCACUGCAAGUGAGUACGAUGGAGUUCUCAAAUUGGAAAAGGGAAAUGAGUCGAGGUUGCGAUUGCCUCCGUGGUUGAAAACUGAAAUUCCUAUGGGCAAAAACUUUACCAAAAUCAAAUCUCAACUCCGAGAUUUAAAACUGAGUACAGUGUGUGAGGAAGCUAGAUGCCCCAACAUUGGUGAAUGUUGGGGUGGUGGGACACACGGAACUGCUACUGCUACUAUAAUGCUCAUGGGUGAUACAUGUACAAGAGGGUGUAGAUUUUGUUCUGUUAAAACAGCUAGAGCUCCACCACCACUGGAUCCUGAUGAGCCAAGUAAUACAGCAACAGCAGUUACAGACUGGGGACUAGAUUACGUUGUGUUGACAUCUGUAGAUCGCGAUGAUAUACCUGAUGGAGGUGCAUGCCACAUAGCUGCUACAGUUCAGGAACUUAAGAAAAGAAGCAAUAUUCUAGUCGAAUGUUUAGUGCCAGACUUCCAAGGAAAUUUUGACUGUGUAAAAACCAUUGUUAACUCAGGCCUAGAUGUCUAUGCACACAACAUAGAAACUGUAGAAAGAUUGACACCUUUUGUUCGCGAUAGACGCGCAAGAUAUAAGCAGUCACUAUCAGUGUUAAAAGAGGCCAAAAAGGUCAACCCAGAUUUGAUAACAAAAUCAUCAAUCAUGUUAGGUCUUGGAGAGACAGACGAAGAAGUGAUGCAAACUAUGAAAGAUCUCAGAUCAGUUGGUGUUGAAGCUGUUACUCUUGGCCAGUAUAUGCAGCCCACAAAAAGACAUUUAAAAGUAAUCGAAUACAUUACACCGGAAAAAUUCAAAGUUUGGGAAAAGGUCGGACAGGAGCUGGGCUUUCUUUACACAGCAAGUGGACCUCUCGUGCGAUCAUCAUACAAAGCUGGUGAAUACUUCUUAACGAACGUUUUAAAAGAAAAACAGAGUCAAAAAGAUGCACGAGAAUACACAUAAGUAAAGAAAAAAUCCUAAAUCCCAUGAAUUAUGUUAGUUAUUGUAAAAUUAGGCAUGCAAUUUAUUUAAA